GUGAAUGUUUUAAGUGUUAAUUGUAAUUGCGAAAAGCUAUCUUUAAAUAUAUUAAUAAAUAAUUAACAACGGUACGCCUAGUUAUGUCGGAAAGCCAAAUGCCCUCCGUAUCAAAAUCAAGUCUGGAUGAUUUGCGUCAAUUUCGCAUAAAUAAAAAUGCAUCUUCUAUCGAGCGUGUGCCUGGAAAAAAACGUAUUUUAGUGAUGGCGGAUAGCGACAGUGAUGGCGCUGAUUCUAAGACGCCCAAAAAGGCCAAAUUAGUGCUAUCUGUAAAGGAGAAAGAGGAACGUUACAUGGCAGCCGCAAAAAUAAUGCCCCAAUACGAUACAAUGGUUAUCCAAGACUCGUUGUCACGACACAAUUGGGAUGUGGCAGCUGCUAUUAAGUUUGUAAGGGAAAACUGCAAACCCAAAUCACAAAAGCACAUCUCGAAUUGCAAAACGCAUGCCAAGACGAGUGGCAAUUAUUCGGAUUAUGACAACUCUGAAGAUGAUGAUGUCAAGCAGUCAAAGGAUCAGGUAUACGACAGCGAUGAUAGCGAUACUGAAAUGUCCACAAAAAUGACCGGGCAACGCAAGAAGGUCUUUGAGUUUAUGAAUAAUGCUUCUAUCAUUGAGCUGCAAUCGGUAAAAACGCUCUCUGAGAAGAAAGCAACUAUAAUAGUGGAGAUCAGGCCGUUUGAUGAUUGGGCAGAUUUGCGACAGAAACUGGAGUCAAACAGACUGUCGGCAGAUUUACUAAAUAAUGCACAAGAUUUGAUUAAUAAACAAAAUACUGUUGCCAACAUAUUAACGAAAUGUAACAGCAUGGUGGCUCGCUUGGAGACAGCAAUAUCUAAUGGGGCUGGCAUAGUGGAGCAACCGCGUAUUCUUAACAACAGCAUGCAUUUGGCGGACUAUCAGUUAAUUGGCUUGAACUGGUUGACAGUCAUGCACAAGCAGGAAAUGAAUGGCAUUUUAGCCGAUGAAAUGGGUCUGGGCAAGACAAUACAGGUGAUUGCAUUUCUAGCCUACUUAAAAGAGAAUGGCCUAAGCAAGGCAGCUCAUCUGAUUGUGGUACCGUCGUCUACGCUGGACAAUUGGGAGGCCGAAAUUGCCAAAUGGUGUCCAAGCCUGGUGGUGGAAAAGUAUCAUGGCUCGCAGGAUGAGCGUCGAAGAAUGCGUGUACGCUUUGCCAAGGAUGGUUUUACCGGUUUCGAUGUGCUGCUCACUACCUACCAUAUAGUUGGAUCCACGCCCGAGGAACGCAAGAUGUUUCGCGUCUGCCGUCUGCACUAUGUGAUAUUCGAUGAGGCGCACAUGCUUAAAAAUAUGACAACGCAACGCUAUGUUAAUCUAAUUACCAUUAAUGCGGGCAUGCGGAUAUUGCUCACAGGCACGCCGCUGCAGAACAAUUUGCUUGAAUUGAUAUCCUUGCUGUGCUUCGUCAUGCCUAAAUUCUUUGCCAAAAGCGUGGAGGAUAUCAAGAGUUUGUUUGUCAAGAAAAGCAAGGGAGAUGGCGAUACAGCGGAGGUGUCACAAUUUCAAGAAACGCAAAUCACAAGAGCCAAACGCAUUAUGAAGCCUUUUGUCUUAAGGCGACUCAAAAAGGAUGUGCUUAACAAUCUGCCCGCCAAACACAGUUAUGUGGAAAAAGUCCCCAUGAGCACUGCACAGAAACAAUACUACAAGGAGCUGGUUGACUACUAUUCCAACAACAAAGGUGAAAUCUGCGGCAGCAAUGAGCGUGCUGGCAUUACUAUUAUGAUGGAAAUGCGUCGCAUAGCUAAUCAUCCAUUGUUGAUGCGUCACUAUUUCGAUGAUCAGCAGCUGCGAGGCUUUGCCAAGCGAUUGGCCAGCUCCAGUUCCUACAAGAAAACCAACGAACAAUAUAUAUUUGAAGACUUAGCGCCCAUGUCCGACUUCCAGAUCUAUCAGCUAUGCAACAAAUACGAAAUGUACGAUGUCAAGAUUCCGGAUCAUUUAAUAUGCGAUUCGGGUAAAUUUUUAUAUUUGGAUGGGCUGCUGCCUAAACUGAAAUCGGAGGGUCAUCGUGUGCUGAUCUUUAGUCAAUUUACCAUGAUGCUGGAUGUUGUGGAGGUGUAUUUGAAAAUACGCAAGCAUGGCUAUUGUCGCUUGGAUGGCGCAACGGCUGUCAAGGAGCGACAGGAUCUGAUUACAGACUUUAAUGUUGAUGACAACAUAUUUGUAUUCCUGUUGUCCACUAAGGCUGGCGGAGUGGGCAUCAAUUUAACUGCAGCAGAUACAUGCAUUAUACACGAUAUUGAUUUUAAUCCCUACAAUGACAAGCAGGCCGAGGAUCGCUGCCAUCGUAUGGGUCAAAGUCGUCCAGUUAGCAUAUAUCGUUUGAUAUCAGAGAGUAGCAUUGAGGAGGGCAUUUUGAUGGCUGCCGAAGAGAAGCUAAAACUAGAAAAGGAUAUUACGUCGAGCGAGAAUGGUGAGGUGCAAGAGCAACGCUGUGUCGUAAAGCUAUUAACCAUGGCUCUGGGAUUGGACAAAGAGGAGGAAGAGCGAUUAAACAAUUCAUUGAAUAACUCCAUAGGUACACCAUCUAAAAACUCAAUUUAAGCAAGGCGUCACCGGACAAGCUUCCACACUUUUCCAUUCUUAAAAACCAGAAAAUUUGUUUAUUUGUAUCGUAUACAUUUUUUUAUUAAGCUUAUUGGAACGUUUUUGUUCAUAUCAUUUACGUU